CAGAAAUAUGGAACGGCUGGACCCAGCUUCCUUCUUCAGUCGUCUUCUUCCAAAAGCCUUACCCCGAGGGGGAGAAUUCCUGCGAGUCGUUCUUGGACUUCCCGGAGGUAGAUCUCAGCGUCAGCUGGUCCGAUCGCGCGAGAGUUGUGCGGUUGCUUCGACGAAAUUGGAGAAGGUUGGCGGCGGCAAUGAAGGGUCUGGGUCUUCUUAUCUGUGGUGUCCUCUAGGACUCAUCUAGUUUCUUUGUGGAGGCCGGAAGGUUGGCCUAAUUCUUAAACUGAAGCUCUCUGAGAAUAUUACCUUUUUUGGAAGGUUUAGGCUUCUAAGACUCCACAAGGUUUGAUUUCAAUAGGUGGGUCAGUUUGGGUUGCGGACGUGUAGGAUAAUUUGCUUCAAAAUUGAAGGAUUGCAUACUUGCACGGGGUUUUCACCGGCAUAUGUCAGGUGAAAACUUCCUGCACAUCAACAAUCCGGUCCCAUUCGUUUGAUCAGGCUAAAUCAGUUUAAUAUCUGAGGAGAAACCAGAGGAGCGUUUGAAUUAUGAUCUGGUGGCAGUAGAUAUUGUUUUGUAGCUGCAAGUGGAAGCUUUUCACUUGUUUUUUAAGCUCUUCUGAUUUUGGAGUUUGCUGUCUAAGAGCUGAGAAGUCCAAAGCUAAAGAUUGCAGUGAAAUUGUUGAUCUGAUUUCAAGUCCAUAAUUUUCUUACAAGGGAGCGCUUAAUUUAUCCUUCCUUUUCAUUCCACAAUAGCUGCUGAACCUGUACUGCUCAGGUAGAUGCUACAGACGGUAAGCAGCAAUCUGUUUGGCAGAUCUCAUCACAUGGUAAAAGUUUCAGGUACAAAUUCAAGCAUGGCCAAAGAUGCUGUCAACAAUAUCUUGCAUCACAAGGGGAUCGGUGAAAUAGAAGAAAAGAUUUCUUUCGCUGAGGAAACAAUCUUGGGUUGGGGCACCGCCGCUUCUGUUUCUGCUGGGCAGUCCAUGAUAUGGAACUCCAAACCGGAAGAAGCUUCUGAGUAUCUACAGGUUGUUAGUGAUGUUCAGAAGCUGAUGAAAAGUUUGGAAAGCAUGUCUCUCACUGCCGAGGUGAAUGACAUGGAGCUUCUCCGUCGUUCCAGCAGCGUUCUUGAGACAGCUAUGGUUAGGCUUGAGGAAGAAUUUAGUUACAUUCUACAGCAGAACAAGCAACCUUUGGAGACUGAACUUUUGUCUUUCAGGUCGGGUGACGGUGAUGUCAGUGAAGAAGAUUCAUCCAGUUCCUUUGAUGAUUAUCCAGUUGAUAAUAGCCAUGUUAAGGUUGAGGGAUUGGGUGACUUCACGAUUCAUUUGAUCAAUCCAAGUGCAAUUCUAGACCUAAGGUGCAUUGCGGAUCUUAUGCUUCAGUCAGAUUAUGAUCAAGAGUGCUGUAAAGCAUACAGUAGGAUCCGAAAAGAUGCACUGGACGAAAGUCUCUUGAUCCUUGGAGUGGAGAAGCUUAGUAUUGAUGAAGUUGAGAGGAUGGAGUGGGAGAUCCUUGAUUCUCACAUAAGAAAAUGGAUUCGUGCCAUGAAGACAUUUGUCCGUGUUGUUCUUGCCAGUGAAAAGCACCUGUGCAAUCAGAUCUUUGGGGAGCAAAGCUUGAUUGGCAGCACUUGCUUUCUUGAUGCUGCAAAAGGUGCAACUUUCCAGGUUCUCAAAUUUGGUGAUGCUAUUGCGAUCAGCCGCCGGUUACCAGAAAAGUUGCUUGGGAUACUUGGCAUGUAUGAUGUUCUGGAGGACCUGCUCCCAGAUAUAGAUUCUUUAUUCUGGGAGAAAGAAGCUUCUUUUAUUAGCACUGAAGCUCAUGAAGUUCUUCUCAGACUUGGUGAAUCGGUAAAAGGUACCUUCAUGGCAUUUUCAAAUGCUAUUGAAAGAAAUGUUUCAACCAGUCCAUUCCCUAGGGGUGGGAUUCAUCCCUUAACCAAGUAUGUCAUGAAUUACAUAAAGGCUCUAAUUGAUUACAAAGACACCCUCGAUUGCCUCCUUGAGAUCAAAGAGGAUGAUGAUGGUAGCAGCGUCACUUCUCUCUCUCCAACAGCUCAGAAUCUUCUGGAGGUGGUCUCAAUUCUGGAAGCCAAUCUGGAAGCAAAAUCCAGACUGUACAGGGAUGAUGCAUUACGAAACUUCUUUCUAAUGAAUAACAUCCAUUACAUGGUUGAGAAAGUAAGAGAUUCUGAUCUCUGUCUUCUCGGUGAGGACUGGAUAAGAAGGCACAAUAGGAAAGUGCAGCUGUAUGCGACCACCUAUGAGAGAGCCUCCUGGAGCACGAUUCUCUCCUGUUUGAAGGAUGAGGGUAUCAACUUGUCCGGUUCGAGCUCUCAUGCAAGGGCUGUCCUCAGAGAAAGAUUCAAGGCAUUUAACCUUUCGUUUGAAGAUAUUCACAAGGCACAGACAUCAUGGAUAAUUCCUAAUCCUCAACUUCGUGACGAAUUGCGGAUUUCAAUUUCGCUAAAGGUUCUUCAAGCUUACCGCAUGUUCAUAGGUCGGUAUGGGCACCAUUUGGAAGGUAGCAGACAUGCUGAUAGGUACAUAAAAUAUACAGCUGACGACCUGGAGAAUCUUCUGCUGGAUCUCUUUGAAGGAUCACCUCAGUCAUUGAACAGCCAGCGCAGUAGAAGGUGACUCCUGCUAGGUGAUCAAGAGCUGCUACCUCGCAAUUGUCCCAAGCCUCUUCUCGAUAUGUUUGUUUCAGAACCAUUGACAUGUGAUUAUAAAUUUUCAAAUCAAGGUUUUGUUUGCAUUUUAGUAUCUUGUUCGUCUUCCACAUGUUUGGGCAUGUGAAAUAUUUGGGGCUGAUGGCUUUGAGUUCUUUAGUUUUUCUUUUUUUCAUAUUGUAAACUCUGGAAGUUUGUAUAGAGAACUGUUGCAAUGUAAAAUGUGGAGAAAAUUUUGAGGUU